AGCCCAUUGACCUUAAUACCCUGCCGGCUAAUCGCCCUCCUCCUUUCUCGAAAACAGUCAUCCGUGCCGAAUUCGCCGUCGCGUACCAUCCCUCGAGCCUAACCGACGCGCCAAACCCAUUCCUUCCCCGCCGUUCAAGAACCGGAGAGCGAUAUUUGUCACCGAUAGCUAUCAUCGCCACCACAUUUCUGUGAUCGGUUCUGCUCUGCUCUGCUUCGCUGCUCACUACCAACCCAUACCUGUCCAACAGCGACCACUGCAUCAUCUACCCCUCUGGUCCUUGCUCGAUAAAUCCCCCGCGAGAUUGGCCAGGCGUUGACGGUCGUCGACCCCUCUUCAUCUGUUCGGUCAGAAUACUCUUGUCACCCGCAGUCCUCUUGCCGGUGCGCCGCGAACCCUCUGCGGUUACAGCGACGUUCUGGUUCUGGGUUGAUAAGAGUUUCUGACAUCACACAAUCUUGAGCACAUGAGUAGCAAGCUCUGGGGUUUUUUCUUUUACGAUGAUGUUGAGAGCUUCCAGCGGUUCCUGGCCACUGCCACCUAUACCACGGGCAGUCAGCGGACGGGAACCGGAGGAGCUGCCAACUCCAAGCCUGGAAGCCCCGGGGCCGUGAUAGCGUCCUCGCCAGGUAGUUCAACAAAGAGCAGGAAGUUGGUGGGAACCUCCCCAGGGACCCCCAUACCAGAUCGGGGUGGUGGACUGCGCCCUGGCAAGACCUUGUCUCGGGAGGAAUUGAAUGCACGGGAUCAUCACGGCCGGACCCUCCUUCAUCAUGUGGCUUCAUCUUCGAAAAGCACGGCAAUCGAGUUUGCUAUCGCCCUACUUGAGGUGCCCGCGCUUGACAUCUACGCGCAAGACUGGGAGAGUGGUUGGACGGCCCUACAUCGAGCUCUAUAUGCGGGAAAUGCAACGAUCGCCCAGGCAUUGAUGGCCCGAGAUAUACGUGAUGCAACGGAUUUCAGCAAAGCGAGCAACCCUGGACACCCGAGUGGAGGCUUGAUUAAAAUCAAAGAUCGAGAAGGCUAUAGUCCAUUUGACGUCUAUGGCGCUACGAUUGCGUCUCGCGACAUUAAACGUAUAAUUUCCCGAACGACAAGCCAAGAUCCUCUUUUCGCAGAUGUGGACGACAGCGAUGUUGCUUCUGAUGUAUCUUCUCUCGAAGAGGAAUUCGAUCAAGACAGUGGCAUUGGCAGGAGCGCUCUAAAACCAAGGACUAAUCUAUCUGGCGAUGAGGUGUUUACGUUUGGAAGCAACAAGAAUUUGAACCUAGGCGUCGGAGACCAGGAUGACCGCCAAUUCCCCGAGAGGAUCACCCUCAAGCGACCUGAACAUCUUCUACAGCGCUUCUACCGUGAAUUCCAAGAGCAACGGCUAGCUGAUGACAGGGUUGACUCCCACCAGGACCUACCAGCUCUCGUGAAGAAUAGACCUCUCAAAAUCCAGAAUAUUGUUAUGUCGAAACUUCACACAGCUAUUCUUACCACUGACCCUGAAUCAAACCUUUUCUUGUGUGGGUUCGGUCCCGGCGGACGCCUUGGCACCGGCGAUGAGUCGACGCGGUUCAGCUUCGUCUGUAUUGAGACCGGAGGGCUCGCCAAUAGAAAGGUGAUUUCUGUUGCUUUAGGCCAGGACCAUACCCUUGCUAUCACAGACCGCGGGGAAAUUCUCAGCUGGGGUAGCAACAAGUUUGGCCAGCUUGGAUACAGUCUCCCAAGGGGUAACAACCGGGACGAUGUGCCGAUUCAGAGCUCGCCGCGGCAAAUAUUCAAUCCCUUCAAGAAGGAGGUUAUUCUUGGAGCAGCAGCAUCCGCAAUCCACUCGGUCGUCUUCAGCAAUUCCGGUCUUUACACAUUCGGCAAAAAUGAAGGACAACUGGGGCUGGUGGAUUCUGACGCUCGAUCACUCGAAAUCCAGACAACGCCCAGACGGGUAGGGGCGUCGCUUUUCAGUGCUCCGAUACAAAGCGUGUCUGCAAUCGAUCAGGCGACAGCAGUCCUUCUCCAAAACCACGAAGUUUGGGUGUUCUCCCAAUACGGUUAUUCAAAGCUUUCAUUCCCUCUGGAUGUCAGCUCAAGGUUCAUCAAAGACAGCUUUAUGGCCACACGGUAUGGUUCGUCCGUCAAUCGGAUCGUCAAAGUCAAGUCUGGUGGAAACGCCAUCUGUGCGCUGUCCAGUUUCGGUGAAGUGUACACAGUUCAGGUUAAUAGACCGGAAAACCCACCGAUUUCAACAUCAACGACCAAUCCAUCCAAGACUCGUAAUUCCUUGUCCCAACCGACUCGCGUUUGGUCUGUCAAAAAAGCCCAUAUGGCGGCCGCAGAUUUUGAUGUCGGACAGGACGGUUCAGUUGUCAUCUGUACCGUCUCUGGUUCUGCUUGGAGGAAAGAGAAACGUGGGAAGGCAAAAGAUGGUGCAUCGAAGGAUUACAAGUUUGCUCGCAUACCUGGACUGUCUCGAGUUAUUGGUGUGUCCAGCAAUGCUUUUGGAGCAUAUGCAGCGGUGCAACGCGACUCCGAAGUGACGAAAGAACAGAUAAACAUUGACGAAACCACCCUUUGGAAGGAUAUUUUGCCCCUGUCUCCUUUUGACUCGCUGCGGGAGACCAUGGUUCCGGCAAGCCAAGUUGAAGAAGAGGGCGCCUAUAUAGACCUAGAACCUGCUAUGGCCAUAAGAAAAGCCAUCAUGUCGUCUUCAGAGAUUGAACCAUACUUUCAAACGUCGCAGUCUCGAGCGCCUGCGGGAACUGUCUGGCUCAUGACGACGCAAUCUGACAUACGGAUACCUGUGCACGAAUUUAUUCUGACAGGGCGCAGCUCGGUCUUAAGGAAAGCAUUCCGAGACUUCCGCUGUACCCAUCACGUUUCCAUCCCUGAUAUAAUGACCAUUCAACCAGAUGGUCAGGGCCAGGUACAACUAUUGAUCCAUGCUGUCGAUGCUUUCACUAUCCUGAAUGUUGCCUUCUUCAUAUAUACAGACAGCGUUCUUGACGUUUGGCAACAGGUGAGGUAUUCGCCGGAAAGUGCCCUUAGGUAUCGCCAAGUUCGGACCGAGGUGAUGCGCAUCGCCAGCCAUUUGGGAUUGCCGACGUUGGAGAGGGCUGCUAGGCUUAUGAUUGAACCAACUAAAACCCUCAAAGUCGACAUGGAACGGGCCAUCAAUGACCCGGCCUUUUUUGAUAGCGCUGAUGUGGUUAUCGAGUUGAAGGGAGAAGAGGUGAAGGCACACAGUCAAGUGAUCUGUCAAAGAUGCCCGUUUUUCAACGCGCUAUUCUUUGGGCGCUCAGGGGGUAGAUGGCUAUUGUCGCGUCGCGCAGACCCAGGAGAUAUCGUCCGAAUCGACCUCAAGCAUAUCGACCGGGCUGUUUUCGACUUUGUUCUUCGGUAUAUGUAUGCAGAUACGGAGGUUGAACUUUUUGACGAUGUCCGGUCAAAGGAUUUAGACGAUUUUAUCGACCUCAUACUCGAUGUUGCAUUCGUGGCGAACGAAUUGAUGAUUGAUAGGCUGGCUCAGAUAUGCCAGAAGAUGCUUGGGAUGUUCGUGAAUACGCGCAGUGUGUGCUUUUUGCUUAACGCCAUUGCACCGUGUUCUGUCACGGAAUUCAAGGAUGCUGCUUUGGAAUAUAUAUGCCUGAAUCUGGAGGAUCUGCUGGCGAACAGGUUGCUGGAGGAUCUUGACGACAAUCUACUUGGUGCGCUCGAUUCUGUCUGUCGCGAGAACCAGAUGGCCAGCUUUCCCGUAUCGCGGGGACGCAAUACGGAGGAAUACAUCUACGAGAAAUAUCCCGAGGUUGUGUCCCUUGUAGAAGAGGACAGGAAGAGGAGAAUUGACUCCAUGAGGAUCAGAUCUCGCCUCAACCGUGUUGACAACCACGAGGGAAAGUCACGAUUGAUGGGCAACGAGAAGGCAGCCACUUUGCCAUUGAUGCAGAAAGUCAAGGCUAGUCCAGCGAGGGAAAAUUCGACUCCUAUCACUCGUAGCCCCUUGUUGAAAUCAAGGCAGUCUGUGGGAGAUCUGAUGUUCCAGAUGGAUGAUGAAUACCUUUUAUCCCCUGGAGAUUCUGUCAAAGGGAAAGGCGCAGUGAGAGAUGCUAAACCAAUCGCAGCAAAUGAACAUCGGCCAUCUCUAGAUUCACCUGCUCUUGGUUCCAGCCUCGUGGACGGGGGAUCAUUUGGUGGUCGAAGCUAUCUGGAUGACCAGAUGGCAUCGCCGCGAGAUGUUGCUCCUCCAGACUCGCCAUCCGAAUCUCGAGCCGCAGCGCUCUACAAAAAGAGGAACGGGUCUGAUUCUCCGCCAGAUUCUGCUCAAACCCCGUGGAGCUCAUCGGUGUUAUCGUCGUCCAAGAAGAGCCUCAAGGACAUUAUGAGUGAAGCGUCAGGGCCCCGGGUAUCAAAUCUCAGCUUGGGGAUGGGAGCCCGUCGAGAGACCAACAGUAACUCUGCCUCCAAGCUGUCGCAAAAGGAACGGAAAAAAAUCCAGCAGCAGCAAAUGCAGGACAUGCUUACUGCUCAGCAAAAGGCAAAGGAAGCACCCCAGAACCCUUGGAAACUUCCCAGUCCAGGCAGUCCCGUUCCCGUCAAUGGGCAAGUUGGUCCAUCUGAAGAGUCUACAAAAUCAACUACCCCGAAGCCUUCUAUGACGCUGCGUCAAACAGUUGCCGGCACACCGCCUCCUGGUGCAAAACAGAAAGCUGUUUUCGUGCAGGCUCAAGGCCGCAGUGCCUCCACCAAUGUUCAAACACCACCUAGGCCUUCAGUCUCGGGUCCUUCAACCACAGCACCCUCCGCCUCUAACGUCCCAUCCACACCUCAGCCCUCAAUCCAAUCAAUCCGCCACAUACCCCGCCCGGAACCCUACCAGAAGAGUUUCCAUUCCCCGUCAUCAAACUCACUAUCUUUAGCCACCAUCCUGAUGCAACAACAAACCGAGAAGGACGAAAUCCGGGAAGCCGCAACUGCCAAGCACAACCUGGAAGACAUCCAACUGGAGCAGCAAUUCCAAGAAUGGUGGGAUAAAGAAAGUAGACGUAUCCAAGGACUUCCCGAGCCCAACUCAACCCCCGACACCACCAACAACCCAGAAGUAAGAGACACUCGAGGGAACCGUGGUCGCGGUAAAGGCCAAGGCCAAGGGCAACAACAACAACAACAACAGCAGCAACAGCAACAGCGCAAGAGGCGCGGAAAAGGCGGCGGCGCCAACGGCACCGACCAGACCUCUGCACCGCAAUUCCAACCACCGCCCCCCGCCAACCCUUCUCCUCGGAAGGACGUCCCGAACACGCAGAAAAAGAGCACCCCUCGUCGGGAGCACCCCCAACGACCACCCAACGGGAACCACCCCGACACAGCCGGGGGCAACUCCCGUCGCGGUGGUCGCGGUGGUGCUCCUCGUGGCAGAGGCAACAAAGAACGCGGUAAGGCUGCUUGAUACAGCAGUCUUUGCUCUGCCCUGCUCCGUCGAUAUGAAUCAUUACUUUCCCAUUUCCUUGAGUAUAGAUACUUAUCCUCUGAAAAAACAAUACUCAUGUGAAAUCUUUCGAUUGUAAUUGUCCUUCGAGUGGGGAAUAUUCUUCCUCAUUCCGUAUUGCGCUUCGUGACUUAUUUUUAUAGACGGAAAGAACGGGAAGAAAUAGCCCGUUGGGAUAGACAUUGGCUUGUGUUACGAUUGGAUCACUGGGGAAAUUUGAUAUGUAUAGUUAAUCUAGAGAGAGAGGUGAUAUUCCC